AACCCUUGCUCGGGAGCAGCUGAUCCAGUCCUGUUAGUCGACGAACAAGCAUCCCAUACUCCGUCGGACGCCGUCCACCGUUGCAGCCCUGCCUGGUUGUUCUCGGGCAAGCAGUGAAGAAGGUUCGCAGCCUAGGGCUUUUUCUACUCCCAAAAUCCGGUUGGGAAGAGACAAUGAAGCAGGUGAUAGGAACGGUGGUGUCAAACAAGAUGCAAAAAUCAGUGGUGGUGGCAGUGGAUAGGUUAUUCCACCACAAACUAUACAACCGUUAUGUCAAGCGCACCUCUAAAUUUAUGGCACAUGAUGAGAACAAUGUUUGUAACAUCGGUGAUAGAGUUCGAUUGGAUACUUCUAGGCCUUUGAGCAAGCGUAAGCAUUGGAUUGUUGCUGAAAUCAUUAAGAAAGCAAGAAUUUAUGUUGCACCUUCUGCACCUGUGACAAAAGAGCCGAGUCCUGGCUCUAAAGCAUCUGCUUCCUAGUAUAACUUAGGUGUGAAUGUGAAUAUAAUGAAAACUUGAACCUCUGCUGCUGUUUUCUUAGGCAAGCUUCAAACCUACUAUUUGCCAUUCUGACUUCAUUUCUAAAUUUUCCUGGCAGGGGAAAGUUUAGUUCAGCACAUGUAAGGUUAAAUAACUUCUAUUCCAUGGGAUAAAAUCAAGAUGUCGAGGCUGUCAUUGUUUGAUGGAUUAUAUUGGCAUCAGUGAAAUAUAUUGCAUCGAUUAAUAGUGGAUUCUUUUUAUGAUUUGGUCAGUAGAUUUCCUUUGUAAUAUCUUUAUGAUGCUUUGUGCUUCUGGAUUUUUCGCAAGAUUUAAAUUUUUUUUCCCGUUAUCAUAUAGUGAACACAAUGCCUGAAAAACUCAACGCCAACUUCAUUUGGUGGGAAAGAAUCAUUGAUGUUGUUUUUGUUGUG